AUGACCUCCAAACCCAUCGACACAAGGUACUUCGAACCAAGCGAAGACCAGAUGAUAAAUCUUCUCGCCCAAAUCAAGGACUGGCAAAUAAACCACGGCCUCCUCCUCAAGCUCAUCCAGUCAGAAGAAGAGCACAGCGUCCUGUCAUACCCAGUAGGCGUCAGCGUGUUCCCAACCCCAUUUCCACGAACACUGUUCAACCGUGCAAUCAACCUCCAAAAAAUAUACAACGAGCUCUACUGCGUCAUCGCGGAAGAUGAAGACUGGCUAUACAGCGUCACAGAAGAUCUCAUCGCUGUUGAGCCCCUGGCGCGCGCAUUGUGGGGGAUUUACCACGAGACCCAAAAGGCAGGGAUCGUCCAAGAGAUCUCUGCUGGCAUCUUUCGCUCUGAUUACAUGCUUCACCUCAAUGACGGAAAUGGAGCGGAAUCUUCUGGGUCUAUUUUCGAAACCACUCUGAAACAAGUUGAGUUCAAUGCCUUUUCAUGUGCUGGUGGGGGUCACGCGAAUAGAGUCGCUGAUAUGCAUCGGUAUCUCACUCGAACUGGGGCAUAUGAGCUUGGUCAAGAGCAGUAUGGAAAGGAGAGAAUUGAUAUUGGAUCUUUACCGAAGAGCAAUAAUAUUGAAGGCAUCGCGUCGUGUUUGGCAACUGCUCAUGCUAUCUACGGUCCACCGAGAACUCAAUCGGCACAGAGAAUGGCUGUUCUGUUUAUCGUGCAACCCAACAACUUCAACACUGCAGACGAAAGACCAAUAGAAUAUGCCUUGUGGGAUCGAGACGAGCCGGUUCCAGCAUAUAGACUCAACUGGGGAGAUAUCCUCCGAGACACAUCGCUCACGGAGUCGCGCCAGUUACUGUUCCAUCCUCCCUGGAUAAAAUCACAGUCGCCCGUGGAAAUCUCAGUCGUUUAUAUGAGGGCCGGCUACGAGGCACAUGAGUAUGAUAACAUAGGGUAUCAAGCACGUCUGCAACUUGAAAAGUCUACUGCUAUCAAAUGUCCCUCUAUCCUAUCGCAUAUAUCUACCUUCAAGAAGGUGCAGCAAGCGCUCACUGCACAUGGAACCCUUGAACGUUUCCUAUUUCCUGAAAAGGCAGCUGCAGUUAGGGGAACAUUUAUCUCUCUUUAUCCUCUCGAUGAAACUGCCGCUGGUUUGCAUGCGCGGCAAUUGGCCACUGAUCCGAAGGGCUCGACAGGUUUCAUCCUGAAGCCAUCCUUGGAAGGGGGUGGGCAUAAUGUCUAUGGUACUGAAAUUCCAGACUUUCUAUCAUCUGUUUCUCAAUCUGAGUGGUCAUCUUAUGUUCUAAUGGAACGCAUUAUGCCACCAACUCAGCAGAAUGUGCUUAUGGGACCGGCUGGUGUUGCUGAAGGGAAGGUGGUGUCAGAACUCGGUAUUUUCAGUGCUUGCUUAUGGCGAAGACGUACUGAUUCCAACCGUCGUUGUGAAAUCAUUGAGAAUUCGACUGCUGGGUGGUCCUUCAAGACCAAAUAUGCCGAAAUUGAUGAAAUGAGUGUAGUCAAAGGAUACGGAUGCUUUGAUACGCCUCGGUUAAUAGAGGAUUGA